AUGAGGCUCCUUAGUACCAUCAGCACAUGGCUGGCCCUACUAGCUCUCAGUCAUGCUGCCGUCGAUGACAGCUGCGAAAACGAGGGCCCGAAUAUGGCUUCGUACAUGGACGCCAAGAGCGGUGUCACGUACAAGCUGGCAAUUCCGGCCGUGAGCAGGCCACAGUUCCCGCUCUUGAUGUCCAUUACUGCCCCCAAGAACGUUACAUGGGCUGGCUUCGCGACCGGAGGUGCCAUGGUUGGUGACCCGCUUCUUGUCGCCUACCCCAAUGACGACACUGCUGUCGUGAGCAGUCGCUGGGCGACAUCGCACACUCCUCCCGCCCUGUAUAACAACACCAAGAUCACCGUGUUCAAGAGCAGCGGCUCGAAUGCGACACACUGGACUGCCAACUUCAUCUGCUGCAAGGGCUGCAGCUCGUGGAUCAAUGGUUCGAUCGACCCGCUCAGCCACAACGAGACCUUCGGCUUUGCAGUGAGCAGCAAGCCGGUUGCCCUGCCAUCAAGCCCCAGCAGUCCCAUUGGAUACCACAACGUCAAUCAUGGCAGAUUCGGUCUUGACAUGAGCUCGGCACGGAAUGACGCUGAGCAAUUUGCGGCACUGGUCAAGACCUUCAAGGCGUCUGCCUAG